AUGGAGGAUGUGUUUGACUUAGAACAAAAGCAAAGAGAAAUAAAAGAAGCUCUACAAACCAACCAAGCUCUGGCUGUUGCAAAGAUCCGGGAGAUUUUGGACAGAGUGACCAACAUUCCUCUAAAUAUUGCUGUCACAGGAGAGGCUGGCUCUGGUAAAUCCACCUUCAUUAAUGCCUUGAGAGGUGUAGAUGACGAUGAGGAGGAAGCUGCUAAAACUGGUCUUAUAGAAACCACCAUGGAGAUUGCACCAUACCCCCAUCCAAACCAUCCCAAUGUGAAGUUCUGGGAUCUUCCUGGAGUCGGCACCAUGAAAUAUCCAGCUGCAGACUAUGUGAAGAAGGUUAGAUUUGAGAGGUUUGACUUCUUCAUCAUCAUCUCAGCUGAUCGCUUCACAGAAAACGAUGUCAAGCUGACCAAGGAGAUACAGAGGAUGGGGAAGAAGUUCUACUUUGUCCGCUCCAAGAUUGAUAACAGCAUGCGGGAUGGGAAAAGGAAAAAGUCUUUCAAUGAAAAAAAGGCUUGUCAAGAGAUCAGGGAAUACUGCACUCAGAGUAAGUCUGAAAGGAAAUCUGUUUACUAAAUUAAAACACCUAGCACACAACCCACGUUAUUCAACAGAUUAAAUACAUAGCGGUGUUUUUUUUUCUGGGUUUGUCAUCUUUCUGUUGGUUUCACUGUUUCACAAUAAAAGAUUAUUUUAGCUCCUACUAGACUUGUUCUUAUCAGUGAAUUCACUCUGUUGCCACGAAGAGAUUUUCAGGUUUAGUCUGGUGAAAACUGACCACUUUUUAAAACCGUUGACUCUGAUCAGUGGGUGAGAUUCUACAUUUCUUUGUCCCUGUAACAUCUAUUCUUUAUCAGCUUGUUUUGUUCCUUGUUGUCACAGGUCUUCAGGCGCAAGGAGUGGUGUCUCCCCAGGUCUUCCUGUUGUCCAACUUUGAGCUCCACUUGUAUGAGUUCCCUAUGUUAGAGGAGACACUGGAGAGGGAACUUCCACAACACAAGAGGGGUGCCUUUCUGUUAGCCAUGCCCAAUAUGAGCCUGGAGAUCAUCAACAGGAAGAAAACUGCUUUUCAAGCCCAGAUAACAUUGGCUGCUACUCUGUCUGCAGUUGUUGCAGGGGUACCAAUUCCUGGUUUUGGAGCUGCUGUUGAUCUGGCCUUGCUGUUUAAUACUAUCAAGGACUAUAAAGUUAGUUUUGGUCUAGAUGUACCAUCACUGAAAAGAUUAGCUCACAGCACAGGGGUUGAUUUUGAGGACCUUAGGGCUGUCAUGGCUUCACCACUGGCAAAAACAGAAAUAACCCCAGAUCUUGUGCUAAAGGUGCUUGUUAAAUGUGCCACCACGGCUUCUUUGAUGGCAGCAGAGGAAUGCUGCAAAUUUAUUCCCAUAUUUGGAAUCCCACUGGCCAUGGUCUUGUCUUUUGCCGCAUCUUACUGGUGUCUCAAGGUAAUCCUUGACGAGCUCGCUAAAGACGCACAUAAUGUGUUCAGAAAGGCCUUGGGUUUGGUCACUGCAGAGUAA